UCAAGCGCCAUUUCAGUUGUCCGAGUACGUAGUUGAAGUAUUAGAGGUCUGAUGGUAGUCGUUCUUUAUUUUUACAGCCUAAAUGAUAUUCCUUCUCCUGAAGAAUUACCUAAUACAUGUACUGACCUAUUAUUAGAUUAGGAUAGAUAGGGAUAAGCGAAAUCAUCGAGGAUUUUCUUUAGAAGUGAGCGAAGUUAUUUUUGUGAUGCAAUAAGACUGUUCGAGCAAUGUUACUUUAGCAUAGUAUAAAGAGUUACUGGGGAUCUUUCACCAAAACUUGUUUUAUAAGAUAACUAGUAUGGCUUAUCUAAAGACGUAUGAAUUCCUAUACUGGAUGUUGCUGUUAUUACACAUAAGUAUCCUCCAUAGGCGCUAAUUAUAAUCAAAAACCUUAGACGAUAUGAACUUCGAUUGCAAACUUCAGUACAUUGUUUCAUCUGCUCUGGGCAUUUUCGGAUUUGGUUAGGUGUAUUCUCUCGUUGACCGUUAAAGUUUGUAUACCUCAAUCUUCUAUAUUGUAGAUUGUCUAUUGCUGUCUCAGGGAUCAUUACAAUUACUGAUCAAACACUAAACAGAAACAACUAAGUGGAUUCACUAAACUCAUUCCCCACCAUCUGGAGCAGAGGCAAAUACCCCAUAAAUGUCCAAGAGAGGGCAAAUCGUUUUCUCUGGUGAUGGAGGUGCUGCAAGCGGCGAGGAGUCAGCAGGGGAAAUGAUCUGGCCGCCACCGUCUUUUGAUAAAUCUCAAAAAUGUCCCUUAGUGCCACAUGGAAGAAAGAAACGCUACCACUCUGCCUCGUUCAGCCAUUCUGGCACAAACGGUCUUACAAUCGAUGGGGUUCCCUCUGACUUGCAUACAUUAACGGCUGCACUUCACAAAGUCCAGCUCUCUGGUAGUCGUUUGCCUUAUGGUAAGAAUAGCAAAAAGUCACGAGAUGGACGCAAAUUACCUAGCAAACGUGGUGGAAAGCAUGACGAUCCUACCGACGUUUUGGAUGAGAUCGAGCUGGAUCCUGAGGAUCCUGACUUUGAUUCUGAUGUGGAUGCACCGGUUACGUUUGAUGAGUUUCAGCCAACCCUGGCUGAUGAUAUAUUUGAAAAGACUUUCAUUUCAUUGAUGAACGAGUUUUUCAUACAUGGCAAAACUCAGGAGGUUAUUGAUGUUCUUUCGGAUAUGAAUCUUGCAGCGCAUCAACGUCGUCGACUUCCGUAUUUGGCAAUUACUCUUGCCAUUCAACAUCGACAAACACAGUGCGAGCUAACAUCAGAACUGCUGUCAGACAUGUGCGGCAAAGUCCUCAAUCAUGCUCACAUUCAACAAGGAUUCCAACUUGUUUUCAGUGAAAUUAGUGAUCUCAUCAUUGAUGUCCCCAAAGUGCCUGAGUAUAUUGGGCGUUUUAUAGCAAGAGCAGUUACAGAUGAUAUCCUCCCUCCCAAAUUUAUUGAGCUGCAGAGAAAUAUUCUAUCUCAGGUUUCACCUAGUAGCAGCCCUCUCCAAACUGAGACAGGCGACUCGGAAAACGCUAUCGCUGUCUCUACUACAUCAAAUGAUUCCAGCUCACAAAAUUCAAUCCGAGUUGGUACUCGCAACUUUAGUGACAGCAGUUCUGGUGGCUCAGUCUCUGUGGACACUUCUGCUAGCAGUGGUAUUGGCUCUGCAUCAAGCUUGAUAACCGUCAAUAUGUCCCGUCCAGACCUAGCUCUUCAGGCUCUGAACAGAGCUGAAAGUAUUCUAACUCUAAGACAUGCCUAUGCUAGAUUAGACAACAUUUGGGGUGUACCCGCUGGCCCAAAAGCUACAAAAAUGCUAGUGAAAAAAAUCAAAAGAUUAGUCAAGUCAUUCAUUGACUCAAAUGAUAUUGACGAAGCUACUGCAGCUCUGUUAGAACUAGAUGCCCCUCAUUUUCGACAUGAACUUGUUUUCCAGUCAAUUAUAAUGGCUAUAGAAAUAAGCACAGAGGAUGCACGUGAACGUGUUAUUCGUUUGCUGAAGGAAUUAUGUGCUUCAGUUGUUUUGACAAUAGACCAGUUAACUCUGGGUGUCAAACGUGUUUAUGCUGAAUUACCAGACUUACAAAUAGAUGUACCUGCUGCCUACACGUUAAUGGAAUUAUUUAUGAACGGAGCCAUUAAGGCUGGUUUUAUACCAAGAAAGUUAGCUAACGAAUUUACUACCAAACCUCGUAAACGUUUCAUCUCAGAGACUGAUUCAAUCUAUAGAACUAAUAGUUCGAAACCCUGGUGAAGGACUAAUUCAAGAGGCCAUGAAUAAACGGGGCCCGGUGAUCGCUCAUAUUGCUAAAUUCUAAAUUUAGCUUCACUAUCUGCAGCCGAAUUUCUCAUUAGUAUUAUUUCAAACAUUUCGUUCUAUCUGUUUUUCAUCAAUGUUAGUAUGUGUUAAAAUAUCUGUCAGUGGUGGUUUGUUUUUCCUAUAAGGUUUUUGUUGAAUAUGCAUUUUAGUUUAUGUAAACACUGAAUGAAUCUAUUUUUGGCUCGUUUAUGGUUUGAUGGCAACCGGUCUUACAUAUUUUUUUCUGCAUAACGUGUCGCUUACGUUCUAUUUGUUUCAUUCUAUUCUUUCAUGUCAUUUUUCUUAAUGAUGUUUCACAUUUAAAUCAUGUCCACAUUUCCUCUUUGUGCCUAAAUAUAAAAUAAUUGAACAAAUGGUUUAAUAAUUUCACACAUGCAUAUAAAUUUUACUGUAUGCUAAAGUAAUGCGUGAUAAGGAUCUAGUUAAAAAGAAAAUUAUUCACUU